CACCAGAGGACUCACACAGGAGAGAAACCCUUUGAAUGUCCUAUCUGUGGGAAAAGUUUUAGUCGCAGUUCUCACCUGGUGAUACACCAGAGGACUCACACAGGAGAGAAACCCUUUGAAUGUCCUAUUUGUGGGAAAAGUUUUAGUGAUAAUUCCAGCCUGGUGAAACAUCAGAGGACUCACACAGGAGAAAAACACUUUGAAUGUUCUGACUGUGGGAAAAGAUACAGUCAGAAUUCCUACCUGGUAAUACAUCAGAGGAUUCACACAGGGGAGAAACCCUUUGAAUGUCCUGACUGUGGAAAAAGGUUCAGUCAGAAUUCCACCCUGGUAGUGCACCAGAGGACUCACACAGGAGAGAAACCCUUUGAAUGUCCUGACUGUAGAAAAAGUUUCAGUCAAAAUUCUCACCUUAUGAGACACCAGAGGAUCCACAUAGGAGAGAAACCUUUGAAUGUCCUGACUGUAGGAAAGGUUUCAGUUAGAAUUCCUUCCUAGUGAUACACCAGAGGAUUCACACCAUGGAGAAAUCUUUGAAAUGUCCAGUCUGUGCACAUUACUUCCAGCAUCAAUUAUCUCUUGUUGCACACAAGAAAAUACACAUGAGACAAAAGUUGAAGAGUUUAGAGAAGUGUUGAAUUUCAUUUGUGAUCUCCCAUUGAAAGUGUAGGUAAGAAAUUGAUUGUUUGAAUUUUGGCCUGAUUCAUUUCACUCAAACAUUUCUCUGGAUUAAAUUUGUAGGUGGAGAGAAAAGAAAAGUGGAAAAUGGCCUGACUGGCACCCUACCAGGCCUCAUACCUUCCUCCUCACCUUUGGAAGAUCUCUAAUCCUCAUGUUGGGGAGGGAGGGAAGGAAGGAUACGCAUCCUUGGGCCUCAUGGCUGCAUCCUGGAAGGAACCACAUUUUCAGUGGGCCCUGGAUUCGUCCCUGGGCCAUGCGAUGGACUUCGGGAAAUGGCUGCCAUUUUGCCCCACUGUCCAGACUGAUAAUACAGAAGAGGGACAAACCUCCUUGUUUUGCUUCCUUAACAUGAGGGCAAAAAUGGCAAAAGCCAUUUUUGAGGCCAAAAAUUGCCUCAGACUGUGAGAUGAG